AGCAGAUCUGACGCAGAGAUGCACAGUGAGCUCUAAACCACUGCUCGUCAUAUAUAGGAACGUAUACUUGGGGAAAUCAAUCGCUGGGUGCAGGGGGCUCGCUUGGAAGAGGAGCUGCCGAUGCCUGAUGAAGUCACCGGAGACGGGAAGACACCGGUAGAUGUUCUUUGAUACGAGAAGGGACCGGUUUAAUUUCCUGGGGAGGUAUAGAAUUGGAUGCAGGAGUGGUAUCUGUGACUGUGGGCUGUAGAGGAAUACAAGGAUUAAUUUUAUAGCAGUUUUUUAUGUAUUAUGGGUUCUUCUAAGCGAAAAAUGGGCUCAAAUACAGAACUGGCCAACAGCAUCCUCAAUAAAUUAAAAGAAAGCAAUGGUUCCAUGGAAACUCUUGAAUUGGCUCGAUCGCUGGGAAGGCGUUCUCGCAAGGACGUUAACCCCACGCUGUACCGGAUGCAAAAGAACGGCCUUAUCUUGAAGGUGUCCGCAUCACCUCCAAAAUGGGGCUUAAAACAUGAGGUGACUGUUGGCCCUCUGCAUGGUGCGACCGCAGAGGAUGGGGACAAUCAGCAGGAGGCAGAAGAAACUGGGGAGGAAGCCCUUUCUGGUGGCAGCGGUGGGAUCGACAGAGAGGAUGUCGGGGAAACGGAAGUCAUGGAGGAAGGGAGCGGAGGUGACGUUCCUGCCGCGGAGCCUUUGGGUCGUCCUAUUAAUCAUUCCACACCCAUAGAUGCAGGUCGGCUUUUUCCUCCAAAUCACUCCGGGUACAACGGGACACAUCCUCUGCCCGGCGUUGACCCCAUGCCUUCGCCAACCAACAAUUCCAGCUCAAGUGAUGAUUCAGAAACGGCCGAGCAACCUGUUAUGUUUGCAAAACCGCCACCUCCACCACACGAACUGCAGCAAAGCUUCUCAAAGCCAUACACGCCAAAUGGCAUGGACCAUAGGUUACUGGUGGCGUUGAACGAAAAAGUAGAAUCUAUUCAUUCCAAUGAUCUUGCCAAACAGCUUGGUUACCGCACCAAGAAGGAGAUCAACCCAACUUUGUUUAGUAUGCAAAAGAAAGGACUUGUAAGAAAAGUGUGUGAGUCUCCCCCUAUGUGGGUCAUCACCCAGUACGGGAGACAGAUUCUCGAGACUGAUCAGCAGCAGCAGCAAAGUGCAGAACAGGCGCAACCGAAACCGAGUCAGUUUCCAGGGAUGGUGAGUCCUCCCGUGCCAGGCAUUGCUCCACAGAUGGUAAACAUGGGACCACAGAUGGAGCAGUUCCAGGGAACUCCUGGACAUCCAUUCCCGCACAUCCCUCAGAGUCCUCAACCACUCCUGAAUACCAACGACGACAGACAGUCCAUCCAUAAUGAAAGAGUCAAUCUCCAAGCAGCAAUUAAUGCGGGGAUACCGCCAGAAUUUGCCACGUUAAUGUUUGCCUCUGCGGACAUGGAGAUGAAGGUUUUGUGCGCAUUGAGCAAUCAACAGACUCAAGGAACUCUAGAGAUAGUCCAUAAUGUAGGUCUCAACAGAGGCAAGGCCAAAGAUGUGAAUCCUUCGCUCUAUGGGCUUGCCAAACGGGGAUACAUCACUAAAGUCACGGACAGUCCUCCAACCUGGCACAUCAACGAGAAAGGCGUCGACCUCAUCACCAAGGAGAAAAAGCCAAUGGAAAUGAACGGCGCCACCAAACCGAUGGAGAUUCCAAACCAUGUCAACCUGGUGACGGGGGCACCCGGAGUUCUCAUGUCACAACCAAUGGGGGCGCCAAACCAUCAGAGUGGCAUGCUUCCUCCUGAUCCUCGGUCUCUUCUGCAGAGUUGGGAUCAAGGAAGACAAGGUCCUGGCUUUAUCCCAGUCUCUUCUUUUACACCAACCAUUCCUACUCAGGUUGCCCCCAUCAGAGCUACCACCAUGCCUUACAUGCCCCCCAAUUCCUUUGCAAACCAAGUCAACAGCACCCCUAUCCCAGCAUCACCAGCUCCCCAGCCACAGUCUUCCCACAAUGCACCAGCCAUCGGGUCGUCGACAGGUCAGGCAAUCAACAAUGAGAUGUUUGCUGCUAUCAAUAAGAACCCUGUGAGUGCGUUGACGGAGUAUGCCCAGGCCAGGCAUCUACCGGUUUCAAUAGAUCUUCUUCAGCAGUCUGGACCACCACAUAAUCCAAGGUUUGUCUUUGCUGCCUGCGUUGGAGGAAGAAGGUUCCAGCAUGUCACAAGUCGGAGCAAGAAGGAUGGAAGGAGAGAAGCAGCUGAUAUGGCCCUCCGUACUUUGGUAGCAGAGGGUUCCCUGCAGCCUAAGCUAACACCAAUGCCAGUUGUCUCGACUUCAUCCAAUGGGGAAACAACAUUCUUUGACCGUAUUGCUGCCUUAAGUCAUCAAACGUUCAACUCGCUGGCUGCUAGCAUCCCCGACUCUAUCAGCGGAAGGAAAGUCCUCGCCGCUCUAAUCAUGAAACGAGGCGAGGAGGAUGAAGGAACGGUUAUCAGUUUAGGAACAGGCAAUCGGUGUGUGACGGGAGACAAGCUUAGCAUGGAAGGACGAACGGUCAAUGAUUCUCAUGCUGAGAUUAUCACCAGAAGGGCUUUCUUGAGGUAUCUGUACAAUCAGCUCCAAACCUACGCCAAGACACCCAACGAAACCAUCCUUACUCAGGGAAGCAACGGGAAGCUCCGCCUCCUUCCAGAAGUGACCCUUCACCUCUACAUUAGCACCGCCCCCUGCGGAGACGGGGCGCAGUUCUCCCGGACGGACGCCGGGGAGAACGAAGAGGGCCCGGAAGGGAUUGAUUUCUGCGGCUUUGCCAAACAUCUACCAACGUUUGGUAAAACCAGUCAGGGAUUGCUCAGAACGAAGAUGGAACAAGGAGAAGGCACUAUUCCCGUAAACACCCGUGAAUCUGUACAGACGUGGGACGGCAUCAUGAGAGGGGAGAGGCUCCGGACAAUGUCAUGCAGCGAUAAAGUAGCCAGUUGGAAUCUGCUCGGACUACAGGGGGCGCUGUUGUCUCAUUUCAUUGAGCCUAUCUACUUGAGUUCAAUAUCAUUAGGUUCAUUAUACCAUCAUGGCCACCUCGCGAGGGCGGUCUGCUGCCGGGUCUCGUCCGCCCAUGACAACUUCACCCCUACGGAGCUGGAUAACCUAUCUCUCCCUGCAGAGUAUCAUGUCAACCAUCCCCAGCUCGGGUGCGUAAGAGCCAUAGAUCCACCAAGGGGUACAGAGAAGACCAAGUCAUUGAGUAUCAACUGGUAUAAGGGGUGCGAGAAACCGGAGGUGACGGAUGGGACCAAAGGAAGAAUCCAGGGUGUCCUUCACUCCCAGCUAUGCAAGGCCGAGAUGUUCAGCGAGUACCAGCAGACGUGCCGACUCUUCGACCGAUGCGACCUCCUGGAAGCCAGGACCUACCACGAUGCCAAGCUCAGUGCCGAGAGCUAUCAUUCUGCCAAGAAGUAUCUGAAGUGCAUCCUGAACCAGGCUAACUAUGGCUCGUGGAUGGAAAAACCCAUAGAAGAAGAGCUCUUUGCCAACUGAAUGAUCUUUCAACUUUGACCCCAAACUAUAGAGAAACUGAUCGAGCAAGAGCUCUUGAAUUGCCCAGUAACCUUUCAACUUAGUCCCCAAACAAUGGAGAAAAUAAUGGAAGAAGAGCUCUCUAAUCGCCAACUGACAUUCAGAUAUGACCCCAACAAAUUGGAAAGGAGCUUUUUGCCAAGUGAACCUUCAAUUUUGACUUCAAAUGAUGGAGAAACUGAUUGAACAAGAGCUUUUUCCAGAUGACCUUUCAACUCUGACCUCAACUGCAGUGAGCAGAGUCAUGCAAAAUAUGCUUUUUUAAAGCCGUGUUCAUGUACAUGUACAAAUCCAUGUGGACAAAAUUUGCCAUUCUGUAGCCACUUUCAUGUACAAAUCAACAUGGAGAAAUCUUAAUGGACAAGAUUUUUUUUCCAGCUGUUCCUCAAGAGACCUGUAAAAUGGCUACAAAACUGGACAGAGUAACCCAACAGAAAGAGAGCCCUUUGCCAAUGGCAACUUUCAACUUUGAUUUACAACGCAUCAACUCAUAUUGGUUCAGAUAUUUUCCAAUCGAUGUCUCGACUCUGGCCUAAUUUCAUGUAUGGUGGAUAUUUUAUUUGUCAAUUUAACUGUGUUUCACUAAUUUUAGUUUGAAAUGAAAAUUAUGUCCCCUCUUUUGCUGGAUAAAUUCAGGACAUUGUUUUUAUGAAGAUAAGUUACUACAUAUACCAUCCAGCUUGUUACUUGUUAAAAUCAUGAUAUAAGAUAUUGUGUUUCUUAACUCUUUUUGUUCAGUAGUGAGCAAUGAAAAUACACUGGUUAGACCAAAUUAGGAUAUGUUACAGUGAUAUUCACUGUUGCAUUUUUGCAGGAAAUAGCAUUGCCAAAUAUAUAAGGGCUUGGCUUGUUUUUACUUGCUCUUUCUAAGAAGCAAUCUCUAAGAUUGCUUCAUACUAAAAUCACUUUAUGUUAAUACAUGUAGCAAAUUUGCAAAUGUUCUAUUUAUCAGAGUAUAAAAUCAAGUAAUAUUUUGAUUUAGUAUUAAUUAAGUAUUAUACAAGAUUUUAUAUUCCACUGACAACUCAGAUACCAGAGUGCAAUGAAUGUUAUUUCAGAUUAUUUUUUGAAAACCCAUUGUUCUUAUAUACUUGAUGUAUAUUCACUUUCAUCUCAUACAAGAUAUGAUAUUUAAAGAGAAAUGCCAGUAGUUGCAGUAAACACUGAUUUCAUGAGAAAGUCUGUAAAACCAGGCUUAAUUG